UAUUUUAAGAAGGUGACGAUAAGCGUUAAGUGGCACGUAAUUGUGCGUGUAAGAGAUGCCCAAAGCAUGCGAGGGGCACCUUGUUGGGAUUCAAAAUCCCCGUCGUAGCUAUGACGUCAGUCGGUAUGUGGCGCGAUGGACGAGUACGCACGUUACGUCCGCGUUCACGUACGACCUUGUUUUGUUGAUGUUUGAUUCAAGUGCGGCUGCGCGCGGCUCAGUGUUUUCACUGUUGCUGACGUGACUCGGAGGAGGAAAAAAAAAAAGGAAGAGAAAACAAUUGCGAGAAGAUUGGAUGAGAGGGGAGCCUCCCGUUUUGGCUCCUCUGUCGAGACUUCGAGUCGGUUAACAGAUAAAUAAAUAAAUAAGUCCGGUGUUUUUGAGUACGGAGCCGCUAACGACCGGGGGCAACCUCACCCAUUUAUGUGAGCGCCCUUCCCUGUCGUCGGACGCCAGCGAGGGCCAAGCAAACAGCACUGCUUAUCGCCAUUAUAUGAUCCAAUAUCCAGCGUCGCUACUACCCUCCAUGUGGGUGAGGGACCUGUGUGUGUCAGACUAUGGCGAGAAAAACAGUUAGCAGGAAAAGGAAGGCAGGAGAGCCCAAGGACCAACAACAGUUGGGCUGGUGUCAGUCAGCACAUAAGCGCAGCCGUGUUUCUUCUUCAUCUCGUCAUGCCCAGCAGUGGUGGCACAGCCGGCGCUCAGUGGUGUGUGCCCUCCGGGAGCGAGAGUUCAGACCCCAGCAGCAACAUGAGUUGCGACUCCAGCGGAGCCUGCGGGGCUUUGCGGCAGGCAGGCUGCCUGGCAUCCUCAAGGAGAGGGAGUUCUCACUUGGGCGACUCAACAAGGUGUUUGCCUCCCAGUGGCUCAACCACCGACAGGUGGUGUGUGGGACCAAGUGUAACACGCUUUUUGUUGCAGAUGUCCUGACAGGGCAGAUAACACGCAUUCCCAUGCUAAAGGACAGGGAGUGUCGAAGUGGAGGCUCUGGGGUCGUGGGUAGCACAGUGGUUGGGAGCCAGUUCCUCCCAACAGGGGUUGCACGGUCCAGGCUGGACCAUCAGGGUUGUGGGAUACACGCCAUUGAGCUCAACCCCUCAAGAACACUGCUGGCUACUGGUGGGGACAACCCCAACAGUCUAGCUGUCUACAGGCUGCCCACACUGGACCCCGUAUGUGUUGGAGAUGAUGGCCACAAUGACUGGAUCUUCUCCAUCGCAUGGAUCAGUGACAGCAUGGCUGUGUCCGGGUCCAGAGAUGGCUCCAUGGGCCUGUGGGAAGUGACUGAAGAUGUGUUGAGCCAGGCUGAGCGUAGCCAAAGUGUGGAGACUGUACCCUGCUACUCCCACAUCUCCCACCGUGCCCUCAAGGACAUCCCCAAGGAGUAUACCCAUCCAUACAACUGUAAGGUCCGAGCUCUGGCCUUCAACAACAACCACAAGGAGCUGGGUGCUGUCUCAUUAGAUGGUUAUUUCCACCUAUGGAAGGCUGAGCAUAAUCUGUGCAAGCUAUUAUCCACCAAGCUGCCUCACUGCAAAGAGAAUGUGUGUCUGGCGUAUGGACAGGACUGGUCUGUGUAUGCUGUGGGCUCACAGGCCCACGUCUCCUUCCUGGACCCACGGCAGCCUACACACAGCAUCAAGUCUGUCAACUCCAGGGAGAGAGGUAGUGGGAUCCGUUCAGUGAGUUUCUAUGAACACAUAGUGACAGUAGGCACGGGCCAAGGCUCCCUCCUCUUCUAUGACAUCAGGGCCCAGAGGUUCCUUGAAAAUCCCUUGAAUCCAGCCGGCGGGUACCGGCAACGCCCAGGAGAAGGCAUCCUCAAGCUCACAACAGGGAAAGGCUGGCUGAAUCAUGAUGAGACAUGGAGGAGUUACUUCUCGCACAUCCACUCCUUCCCUAAUGCAGUGUACACUCACUGUUAUGACGACUCUGGCACCAAGCUGUUUGUAGCUGGCGGACCACUCUGUUCCGGCUUGCAUGGCAACUACGCGGGACUCUGGAGCUAGCCUCAUCUUCUCCACCAUGUCACUAUCAUAUUUCCCCUAAUUUUUUACCAGUCAUUCCUUUCCCAUUCAGUUCUAAUGACAUUGCAGUCUGAUUUGUUUUUUCUUGUGGUUAUUGAUUCAUCAUUUUGACUCUUUAUUCGCCUUUUGCUCACUGAUGGACUCAGGAGCAUGAUCUUGUCCCUACCACAUAACAGCUUAGAGCAUCUUCUGAUGUUUAUAUGCCAUUUCACCACCAUUUCUCCAUCUACUCCAUGGUCUCCCCCAACUCAGCUGUCAAGUUACUUUGUACAGAUAUUUAUCCAAUGAGUUUUAAAUGAGCUGCAAGAUGGACGGAUCGGGAAAACCCAGAAGAAAGUUGCUAAAAAAUAUGAAGAAUAAAGGUAUACAUUUUGUUGCUGUUUGAAACACGUACAGCCACAGAGAUCGGACUACACUUGUGUUUUUGUUGGUUUAUGUUUUCAUAUGUAAGGAAAGAGUUUCUCCUGCUUUCAUCAGCAAUUAGUGACAUAGUGUCUUUGGGUGCACUUUUGGAAUUCGCCCAAAAGUAUUUCUUCCAUUCUCUCAUGGAAAUGGACGCCAAUAAAGAGAGGAGAGGGGACAGAAGGAUUUAACAGACAAAUACAUUUAAAGAACUGACCAGGAACACAGUUGGACUUCCUGUGGAAAAAAAUAUGUAGAGAAUGUUCAGUGGCUGGCAUGGGACAUAUUGGGCCAUGAUGGUCAUUAUCAUCAACAGUUGUAAAGAACAUAUUUCUCCAGUCAGAAUUGAGGCGGGAAGAAUAGCCUACCCAGUCAAAACAUGGUAGUCUGUCUGUUUUUGUUUUUUGUUUUUUUUUGGAGAUGUAAAAGGUCAAAAAUUUAACGUUUAUAAAUACAAUAUAGGUACUCUGCUAUGAAUAAUCCCAACAAAUCAUUUUAUUUUUUUCUUGAGUUUGUGUGAUUUGAAACGUACCCCUGUUGCCAUUUCUACUAGCUAUAUUUAUUUCCCCUCUUAGUUACCUUCUUUGAAUUGUUCAGGGGUUUUUCAGCUCUACAUUGCUAAAAGAUAUAUUGCCUGUAACCUUUUUUAUGCGCAUGUCCUUCUCAAUAAGGCUUCUUUCAGUACAUUUAUCCAUCUGUGGUGGGCCCGAGCUCAGGCAUACCCUUGGUUCAAAUAGUUCAAAUGUUAGGUACUAUCAGAAAAGUAUGUUUUUUGUAACACGUUAACGAGAACUAACAGACAAUGUGGCCUUUGAGUUACUGGGUUGAAUCCCUAAAGUCUUCCUGAUUCCUUCUCUGCAAGAAAUGGGAGUGAAGAUAUGGGCUAUCUUAAGUUCUGACCUUCUCUUCCAUUUUGAUAAGGAUGCGAAGAGAGCAUAAUACCCAAGGCUUUUUGGACUACCCUGGAGAUGGAUGCUGCUGCAGGCAGACAUUUGUUGUCACUGUUGGAUGUAAAAACUUUUUUUCCCUUUUUUGUAUCAACGAAUGAGUGUUUGCCCUCCUUUCCUUCUUUGGCAGAGGCAGAUUAGACUUUAGUUACGUUUUGCCUCACUGAAGUCUUUCUGUGAAAGGCUGCCGCAGGCUUACAUAGUUUUGCUUUUUUACACAGAACUUUUCUCACCAGUUUUCAUGACAACGUUUAAAAGAGAACCCCCCCUCCCCCCAAUGAUGACAAGUUGAACAAAUAACCAUCACCUUAAAAAUGUAUUUUAUAUAUAGAUGUGUAUGUAUAUGUGUAAAAUGCUAAGGGGCAAAUGCGUACAUUUUUAUGUAUAUGUCCGAGGGAGUGUGUGGACUGACCUGUUAACUUGGUGGUGACCUCUUUUAUACACACCUCAUGAAUGUUUUUACAAACGGAUGAAUCUGAGGAUAUUGCACAAUAUCUGAAAACCAACCUAUUAAGUCUUUAAAAAAAAGUAAAUGAUAAAAAUAAAAGUAUAUUGAUGUAA